AUGGAGUCGAGGGCGAGCGCCAAUGAGGUGACCCCGUUAUUGGCGGAUCCUCCCAUCGACGACGACGUAUACCACUAUGAGCAGCGUAUUUUCCCCUCUCCGCUCCAAAAGCAGCUGCUGUUGGGCAAGUUUACUCUCAGUUUCUUCGUCUCACGGCUGUUCGAGCUCUCCACCGCCGUCUGGAUAAUCAAGGUGUUUGGUACAUCGUUUGUUCCCGCAACAAUCUAUUCAGUAAUGGUCACUGUGUCUGCAAGCCCGCUGUGGUUUUUGGCCGGCAAGUUCCUUCAAAACAAGUCCAGAAAAGCCGCCAUUGCUUAUGGGUUGGUGGGCGAGCGAGUGACAGCAAUGGCUAUUUGCACGCUGCUGUUGGUUGAUACUCAAAACCACUAUUGGCUCAAGUACUUUGUUUCUAUUUUGCUUAUUGUCUUGCAGCGGUCUUGCGAUUCUAUUCAGGUGCACGUUAUCGAACACGAUUGGGCUCAGGUGUUGGCCAACAACGAGUCCGUGCCGUAUACUGCUUUGACGAAGCUUUUCAGACAGAUCAAGGGAUUCAGCUGGGUCUGUGCCCCCGUUUUGGCAACUUGGAUUGCCCAGUAUCUUGGCGUGUAUUACAUGCUAAAGGUUUUUAGAGUGCUUGCGUUUCUAACGAUGAUUGUCGAAUACAGCCUGGUCCGGAAACUUUAUUCUACUUGUUAUGCGCUACGGGUUCCCAACCUCAUGAAUGAGGCGAGCGGGAAGAUCACGUUUUCGAGACCGUCAAUCGAGAGGAUAUGCUUUUAUAUUCGGAAGCGCCCUCGCCCAGUACUGAUCUCCAUUGGUGCUACGUUAGCAAACUCGACGUUGCUCACCAUACGAACACAGCAAUUACUCUACCUCGAUCAGCACGGCAUUGCUCUUGUCUAUGUCGGUAUAAUGGCUGCGGUCAUGCCAAGUAAGAUCCCUAUGCCUUACAUUGUUGCUGUUGGGUUGAACUUACUAUCGAGUGUGAUUGCAGUAUGGGCUUUAUACACUUCCCAAGCAUUGAUAUUCGGCUUGGCUUGUGUAGCAAGCAGACUGUCCAUUUACCCCAUUGAAAAGAAAGCACAGUCGUACGUUAACGGGCUUAUCAGUGAUCCCCAGCUGUUGAUGCUGUUUUCGUUGAUCGAAACCAGGAUGACGCAAAUAUGGGGUAUAACGAUACUGUUUCUGCCUGCGCUAUGGGUCCAUGUCGACAAAUUCAUUUGGCCAGUGUCUAUAUCCGUCGUAAGCUCUUUGAUCGGCCUCCUUUCCAUGGAGUUUGGAUUCCGCUGGGGUCCGACACCUUCAGCUGCUGAUGCAAGUGAUUAG